AUGCCGCAUGCCAUCGAUGAGUUCGAGCUUCAGGAACAGGCCGAUGACGCCGAAAUUGCCCGCCUUCUGAACGAUGAGAAUCCGAGUAACAACAACUUGAACUUCGACCGGGAUCUGGAAGUAGGCGAGAAGGCCGACGAUGCCAUUGAUUUUGAAGACAUCAGUGAUGAUGACCUGCCCGAAGACGAGACGGAUACACACAAAAAUGACUUCGCCAACCCGCCUCCGUCUAUCAGUCACAGCGGUCUGGCCCUCCCCUCCAAAUCGGCCGUUGCCCUGCCAGGGGCUUACACGUCCCUCGCUCUGCCUCAGAUGUCUGACGAUCUCAUCGAAGACGAGCAAAUGGCCGAUGCAGAAGUUAUCGAGGAGGAGCAGGAUGACGAAGAAGACGAGGACUGGUUACGGCAGAAAGCACUUUUUGCUGCUAUGGAGCAAGAGAGAGUUGAGCGAAGCAGGAGAGGAGGAUCUUACGAACCGCCAACUGCUCCAGAGACAGAAAUGGAGGUCUUCUAUUCUAUCUGGCCAUCGUAUGACCCAGAGGAGCGCCCGCGAUUCACCGAGCUGUUUCCUCCUAGACGAGGUAUCUAUGGCUGGAAGACUCCCAUCAAGCCUCCUAAGCCUGUACAGCCAACCAAGCUCAGUCUUGAUCUUCAACACGACCAAGAGAAGAGUUUCAGGCUCUUGGGUACUGCUACCAUGGGCAAACACGCGAGGGAAGGAGGCGGCGAACAAUCGGGCGUCGUUCGCGUUGAGGAUACUUCAGCCAAACAAGAAGACACCGAAGAUGUCAUCGACCUAGACGAGAUUGAUCCGAACGAGCAGAUUGGUGGUGUUUCGUGGCAAGAUCUGACCGUACUCUGUGAGGACUGGGACAUGGCAAGUGCUGCAUCCUCACCCGGCCACUACUCGCUUGUAGACAGCGGUGUCGACAUGGGAAGAGACUCGCGCUCACCACCAGCAGCCAAGCGCAAGAUUCCUGGAUUCGACCUGGAAGAGCCGACUGCGAAAAAGCUCAAGAUCGUUGGGUUUGACCUCAAGGCUGCAGUCGCCAUAUCGCACACAUACCCCUCUCUCGAUGAACCAGAACGUGCAACUGCAUACAUCGCCAAACGGGUCACUCUCGACAUGAACGAUCCCGGUCUUUUGUUAGACGAAAAUGCUCCUGCGACUCAGCCUAAGAGGUUGCGCCAUAUUCCUGGCGACAUGCGUCGGGAAACCAGGACUGCCAUGGCUCGUGACAUGACCAAGAGGUACAACAUAUCCAAUGACGAAGCUUACGAACUCCUCAAAGAGAAUCACCAGCACAAAGUCCGCAGCACACUCGGUAGUAUGGCUGUCGAGCACAGUCUGCCUGCGACUAAGCUUCAGUUCCCCUUCUACAGAGUCAGUCUGGAUGAUAAACAGAAACGCGCGUUCCACCGUCCCGUAUUCUCCAGCGAAAGGCCCAACAGAACCAUCACGUUCAGCAAGCCCAAGAAGUUCAAGAGGAAAGAGAUGCGCGGCAAGGAUGUCGCAACUCUCUUUGCAAAGUCCGAAGACUUGUCUAUGGCAGACAAUUCGAGUGCAUUGCUCCUUGAAUACUCCGAAGAGCAUCCAGUCAUGCUCUCCAAUUUUGGUAUGGGCAAUCGUCUCAUCAAUUAUUACAGAAGAAAAGACGCCGAAGACUCCUCUAGACCCAAGGAAGAGAUUGGUGAAACCCAAGUUCUCUUACCUCAGGAUCGUAGUCCAUUCGCAAACUUCGGCCAAGUCGACCCCGGAGAAAUGGUGCCUACCAUACACAACGGUCUUUACAGGGCGCCCGUCUUUCGUCAUGAAGGCAAAUCGACCGACUUCCUGGUCAUCUGCAAUGAAACACACAAGAAUGGCAAGAAGUACUACAUGCGUAAUAUAGAAAAUCUGUAUGCUGUUGGCCAACAGUUCCCGUCAGUGGAGGUCCCCGGUGAGCACUCCAGAAAGGUUACAGAUGCUGCAAAACGUCGUCUACGAGCCAUAUCCUAUCCUCAUCUACCUGGUAGUGAUGUUGCCCAGAACCGUGGCAAGAUGCGUGAGUUCAUGCAAUACGACAAGAACAAUCAGCUAUGGCACCUCAAGGCAGGCGACUCUGUUCCUGACUCCGAGACUCUUCGUGGUUGGAUCAAGCCAGAAGACAUCUGUGUGCUCGACUCGAUGCAAGUCGGCGUACAAUAUCUCAAGGAUCUUGGUCUCAAGAAAGAGGAUGACGAGAACGAGGAAGACGAUGCCAAAGAAGGCACAAACGUUGAGCUCAAGCUUGCACCCUGGAACACAACCAAGAACUUCCUCAAUGCUUGUCAAGGUAAAGCAAUGCUCCAACUGCAUGGCGAAGGCGACCCAUCUGGCAGAGGUGAAGCAUUCAGUUUCAUUAAGACUUCCAUGAAGGGUGGAUUCAGAGCACAAGGCGAGAGUAUCGAAGAACGACUUGAUGCCAAACGACUCAAAGAGAAUGGAGGCCACAGCUACAAUGUUGCCAAGCAGCAAAGAGCUUACGAUGAAUCCAUUCGUCGCAUAUGGAGAUCUCAGCAUGAGAGUCUUUCUUCACACAUGGAGAACUCCGAGGGUGAAGCUGACGUUGACGAUGAGCCCGAACCGGCCCAAAGCUUUAGAGCUGGUACACCCCGAUCCUCCAUGGGAACAUCUGUCUAUGGCAACAACAGACGUGACGACGAGUCUGCAAGUCAGUUCAGUCGCAAUAGUAUGAGUCAGAACAACAAGUUCAUGACGAUCAAGAGAAGCGUGCGGGACAAGUAUGGCAAUGUGGAAGAGCAGACAGAGACUAUCACCAAUCCAAGGGUGAUUGCAGCCUACAAGAAGCGCAAACUGCUGGCACGAAGCCAAGCGAUCGACAUCAUGAAUACCAAAGCGACCGGAGACGAAGACUUUGACGCGCUUCAAAAACAACUUAUGCAAGCAGAGAUCGAGCGUCUCGAACGCAACAUGGGCCGCAGACAGGCUCGCGAACGUGCAAAGGGCGAAGGUGCUGAUGGUGCCGACGCUGCAACUCCCGCGCCAACCGGUAAAGGCAAGGGCCGAUCGAAGAAGAACACCGAAGGCACAGCCCGCAAGUGUGCCAAUUGUGGUCAAGUGGGCCACAUCAAGACCAACAAAAAGCUUUGCCCGAUGCUCAACGGUACGAUGAAGCAGGAAGACAUGGCCGUGACAGGCUUUGGCGGCGGACCGGGCCCGGGGGCUGCUGGCGCAGGACCAGGCGGCGAAACAUCAUCCUUCGGUGCUCUAUAA